AUGAAGAAGCGGCAGCCAGGCGGCAAGGGAGCGAGCAAGGAGGCAGUGAAAUCCCGGUCGUCUUACAACCCAUGUGAAAUCAAGAAGAAGCGUGAGUUCUAUCAGAACGCCAAGAAGGUGCAGAAGUAUAAGAAGCUGAAGAAGGAGCUCGAUCCUCAAAAUGAAGAUGGUGCUGGCGGCAGCCGUAGCCAAAUUGGUGGAAGAAGGCACAGAAAACGGGGCUUCAGUUCCCUGGAGAGGCUGAGAGGCGAAUAUGAAAGGAAGAAAGAGGAGGUGGAAGUUGUCAAGGAAGAGAGAGCAAAGGAGAAUGUGGCGAGGCAGCAGGCUCGGGAGCACUCGGAGAAGCUGAGGAAGCAGACCAAGGCAAAGAUGUUUAAGAAAACUUCCAAGGGUCAGCCAGUGAUGAAAUUCAGGCUGGAGCAAAUACUCAACAAUGUGAAGUCUGGUAAAGCACAGUGA